GGAAACUGGGCAGUGGGCAAAUAGGAGAAAGUGAUGACACGGCUAGAGUAACGGUACGGGCGUCAUGUGGUGACCCAGUUGUGCGCGAGCUGCCCGCCUGGCCCCAGACCAGUCCGGCUCCGAUACUGUGCGCGAGGCGAGGGAGCUGGAGCAUGUAGCCUACAAUGCGCGCCCUACCCCUAACCUUCUCGUUGUUAGUUUUUGGCUUGAGUGGAGUGCCAAGUAGAGGGUACGAUGCUGGAUAUACAACAUGUUCCAAGCCGUUCCGAUCUUCCAAGAGUAGAAGUGAGAUUCCGUGUGACUUCCGUACCCAAACCUGGUGCACUAUUCCCGGGACAGCAUACCCAUGGAGAGCAGUACGAAGAUUUGUGUAUGAAAACCACGGACUGAUGCGACGCAUGUAUGGCGAUGAGAGGCAUAUAUCCGUGCUUAGAUCAGAAAUAGAAUCCAACGAUGUUGAGUAUCAAAGUGAUAGUGGAUGGUCGUUCCACGAUUCGAUCCUGAAAAACUACAAGCCUAGACCGGAGUCCGUGCCGAGCUCUACGUCCACCACCACAACUACUGCAGAACCGAGCACCAGGCCAUCGACUCAAGAGCCUGCCACAGAGAGCGCUAGUGGGGAAACCAACACCAACGCCACCGAGGACCCGUACACUCUCUCGUCCAGUGAACUGUUCACAACAGACAUCAAUCUGGACACGACGGCAGAGUACGAGUCUACCACCGUCAGCGAGGUCCAAGAGAAGUCUCAACCUGUCCACCAACCAGAGCUGUUCGAGAAGGAUCACGCCACCACUGAGGAGACCCAAAUGUACAAGCUUCGAGGAGUAAAUGCCUGUCCAGUUAAGGAAGAAGUUGUGGCUCCAUUUUGGGCAAACAACACAAGAGGAGAGGUACUGGCACUUCUGAACUUGUAUCCAUUUGAGCAGUAUGUGCACUGGGAGCGUUGUACGUUCGAGAACAAGCAGAUGUUCUGCCGACAGGGCUGUCGUUGCGAACAGCAAUACAGACUCCACCGCCUCCUUGCCUACGACCCCAGCAAUGACUGCAGAGGUAUAUUCUCCGAUUGGUUCAAAUUCCCGUCAUGCUGUGUCUGCCGAUGUUACGACCUUCCGAGUGAACUGAGACUUACCUCUCGAAGUCCUCGCUUUUCAAAGACUUCUAAACAAGAUUGGGACAGUAUGAACUCAACAACAUAGCGAUACUGCUUUGUAUAGAUAAUUUGUUAAAGUGUUAAACUUUGUGAUACUAAACCAUUGUGUUGUGGUGUAAAAUACAAGUGAGAGGUUUAAUAGGUUAGGAUCUUUAUUGGUUAAUGGUUCAUUUUAAUGGCUAAUAAUCCGUAAACUUGAACUUGUACAAACAACCAAUAAUUUGAAGACUGAUAAUUUUCUAGAAUUUAAGAAGCUUUUGAACAUGAUACUCAAGAGGAUUCAACAACUCAAGCCCUGAACAUAUUUUGGUUCCUGUUUUUACUACACUAGAUUUUACUAAACUUUCAGAAAUUGAUACUAUUCGACUUGGGCUUGAGAAUAGCCACUGCUUAAAAUGUAUUUGAAUACUCAAAACUGUUUUGAAAAUUGUACACCAAACACUAUUCACAAAAAAAAUUUUAUUAUGAGUGGUUUAUGAAGAUAUAGCUCUUUUCAACACAUCCAAAUAAAUAAUUCAAAGUUUAUUUCCAAAAGAUGUUGAAGACUCUUAAAUUGAAAUAGUUCUAUUAGUAUAAUACUGUCAAAAACAGUGUAUAUAAUAAAAUUUUUAAACUUUUGUACAGAAUAUUUUAACACAAUAGUUUGUUAUAAAAAAAACUCUACUCCAGGACAUCGUUAAGGUUCUUCUUAUAUUGAAUUUUAAAUUUAUCAUGGAUUUGUCACCUAUAGUAGCAAUUUUUAGUGCCAUUUUCUUUAUUAAUGAUCUUGAACACUCUGAACAAGGUUUUGUAAUGAAUAUGAUUUUGGAUUUUAAACAUGUCGAUUUUGAUAAUUGUAUUAUUUUUUCUACAAGUACAGACAUGUCGAAAAUUAACAGUGGAUGAUAGGAGGAUUAAAAUAUAAGCGAGAGUUUUGUUCCCAAGACUGUUGUUUAUUACUAGAGUAGCAAGUGAAGCAAGUAUACAAAUGUAUAACAGGGUGGAUAGAGAUAAAGGGAGGGGAUGACACAAUCUUAUCUCGGUAUUGUUCAGUAUGACAACUACAUCCACGACAGAGAUUACGCAAGCUGUAACACUGAUUAUUAGCCAAAUUAUUUUUGUGUUUUUAAAAACAAAGGCGACAACUCAUCUAAGUUUUCCGGUUUAAACCACGUCUAAACAUUGCUUACCCAAAUACAUUUUCGAAAUGUUUCAGCCAUCUCCAGUCUACAUGUGUUAAAACGAACUGCUAAUAUUAAGCAUUCUUUUGUACAGGAUAGUUGAAAGGUGCAGAGCUUUAUCGUGAUAAGCUGAAGCUUAACCAACCAACGAUCAACUAUAAUCAACACAGUCUUUUAUGUUAAAGUUAUUUGUUUAAGUAACAACUUGAGUCUUACUUCAUCUUCUCAUGUUGAGGACUAUAUUGAAGUCUAUAGUUGAGCAAAAACAUUAAGGAAUGGGAGUAAAACCAUAUAUAAGGAUAAAGAGUGAAAUAAGUAAAAAAAAACUUGGAAAGUAAUCUGUUGUGAAAUGACCAAUGUAAUCUUACUGGCAGGGAGGAGGAGGGGAUUGGUACUUAUCUUGCAAUUGAUGAUUGUGAGUAUUCCAGAAUUAAGGCUUCUACAAUGAUUGUUUUCACAGUUUUUAAUAAAUGAAUUGAGAAGUGUCACCAAAACUUUCUAAAAUGCCCUGAAUAGAAUCUGGUAAUAAGCCUUCGCUGUGUAAGGAUGCGGCUCUUAUCAAGAGGUCACAGGUUCGAUUCCUGGGGAGUCAACAAAUAUUUGCAAGUGGGUUUGGACCCUUUUCCUGUUUAGUGCACUCAAUUAAAAUUCCACCAGCAUAGACAGAACUACCUUAAAAAAAGUAUCCUGACCAAUUCUCAUCUAAAAAAAUGCAGUAAGUUUAGCAAGAAUUCAAUUUGAGUUGAUAAAUUCUAUCACCCAAAACCCGACAGUUACUUGUGCAAUCAUGUGUAUGUCUACCACAGGUGUGAAUGUACUACUGGUGACAACAUAAUACGUAAGUGAUGGGACUAUAUUAUUCUCCUCUCCACACCUACCAAUAUCAUCUGCUCACUCCCCCCGGAGAACUAGUUGUGGAAAUAAAACUCUCGUUUAUAUUCAACUGUCAUUUAUGUCAGUGAGUUCUGGACGUCACACUAUUUAGCAGUUUUAAAAUAAGUCUCAAUUCAUUUUAAAAUAUUACAUUAUUAGCUAUGGAGAAAACAGGAUAUUUUAGGGUACUUGCCAUUGUUCAGUGAUAUAAGAAAUCAGUACAAACGUGUUUCGAGAUCUGCAGUUUGAUCUCUUUUUCAGGUUGCAGAAGAGCGAGUGCAUAUACUACAAAUAACCUAGAUUGUAGUUACUGUGUUAGGUUAAUUAACCACAUAAGUGAUCUGAUUGCAGAUCUUGAAAUGUCAUGUUAAUACUAAUUUCUUCUAUCACUAGACGAUGGCAAAUGUUAAAAAACCUCAUUUCCUUCACAAUUCUUCCAUCUUAAAAUCAAACUUCAAACAAAGAAUUAGCUAUGGUAUCACGUAGUAUUUUCUUACAACAUUAAAUAACACAGGACAUUUCUAUGAUUGAUUCUAGUUGGCUUAGGGUCUAACUCUCUUCUAUUUUAACAUUAUUAGUCAAUGUCAGCAGUGUGUUACUAUAUCUACAAGUAUAUGAGUACAAAAUAUUAACAGAACAUGCAUGCAAUGCAACUCUAAGACACAAAAAAAUGUAUUUUAAUUAAUGUAUUUUUAGUUGAAAAUAAUUCCAAAUGUAAGUACUCAAUUAUUGUGCUGUAAUGUACAGUAAGUACCCAACAUUUCUCACUAUCCUACUUGAAAUGUAACAUAUCUAUGUUCUCUGGAAUGUACUAAAAAUAUAAAAAUUCUAUUAUCUAAACAUUUAGUUAUAAUCUAAGUUUGCUUAAAUUGUGUUGAAAUUUUUAUUGUUAAUUUUAUUAACUUCUUCUAUUCUAUAGGUUUACUUGUUAAUUAAUAGCUUACAAAAUAAUAAUUGUGAAGAAAAUACAUUAACAAUACAUAUGUUUUAUAAUUUGUAGUGAAGGUUUGCAGUAAUUCUGUGGGAAAUAAACUUUAAAAUAAAUAGGUUAUUUAUAAACAUUGUUCAAAUGUACUAUAACUUUAUUGUAUAUAAUGAUUUUAAUAUCUUUGUAAUAUGGAUUGUAUUAUAUUUGUUCUGUAAAUAUGUAUGAAUUUUUUAUUCUUUGUAUAAUAAAUAUUAUUAUAUUUUUGUUA